ACACCAUGGUAAAACUGACGUCUGCCUGGGUGUGCACGAUGGCGUAAUUUCCGGGAAGUAAAAGUCUAGCAACACGGAAGCGUAGGAAAGAAAACAAAUAACCGUUUAAAUUUGUUUCGAGCAGAAGUCGGAGCUGACGCCUCUUCGCGCCGUGUUCGCCGUCUGGACCCCCGUCUCCACCGUACACGAUGGAUUUCCUGUUUGGAAGGAGGAAGACUCCGGAGGAGAUGCUGAGGCAGAAUCAGCGGGCACUCAACCGAGCCAUGCGAGAACUGGACCGGGAGCGAAUGAAGCUGGAGCAGCAGGAGAAGAAGAUUAUCGCUGACAUCAAGAAAAUGGCCAAACAGGGGCAAAUGGACGCCGUCAAGAUCAUGGCCAAAGAUUUAGUGCGCACUAGGCGCUACGUUAAGAAGUUCAUCAUGAUGAAAGCCAACAUUCAGGCGGUCAGCCUGAAGAUACAGACACUGAAGUCCAACAACAGUAUGGCGCAGGCGAUGAAAGGCGUCACCAAAGCCAUGGCCACCAUGAACAGACAGCUGAAACUGCCUCAGAUCCAAAAGAUCAUGAUGGAGUUUGAGCGACAGAGUGAAAUCAUGGACAUGAAGGAAGAGAUGAUGAACGACGCCAUCGACGACGCCAUGGGAGACGAGGAUGAUGAGGAGGAGAGCGACGCCAUUGUGUCCCAAGUGCUGGAUGAGCUGGGUCUGAACCUGUCCGAUGAACUGUCAAGCUUGCCGAGCACUGGCGGAAGCCUGUCGGUGGCAGGAGGGAAGAAGGCGGAGCCUCAGGCGACCCUGGCCGACGCAGACGCAGACCUGGAGGAGCGUCUGAAUAACCUUCGGAGAGAUUGAGCGCUGUGGCGAAGCCUUUAAUACAAACAUACUCGAAUCUC